UUUUAUUUGAAAGUAUAUUGGUAUGAAAGAGUUUCGAAUGUGGAUAAUAAAGGGAAAACAGAAGAAGAAAUUAUAGAUAUGGAGGAUAAAGAAAUAGAAAAAAUGGAACGUAAUAGAGAAGCGGGAGAGGAAAUGGCAAAGAACGGUAUCAUGGAAAUGAAAGAAAAAAUAAUUCAAAAGAAAGAUAUUAUUGAAAAAGCUAAUGCGGUAAGACGCGCUUGUAGGGCAUUAGAACAUCUAAAUAAGCGCAGAAGUUUUCUUUAUAAAGAAAUGAUAAUGUAUAUUCAACAUAUAGUCUGGAGGUUUGCUAAAUGUAAGCCUAAAGAAUUUAAAUUAUUAGACGUUCGACAUAAUAUCAUGAAAAAAUUAAUUCUUGGUGAUUGCAAUUAUCUGAUAAAACUUAUAUUAUUUGGAGAAAAAAGUAUUAAAGAUAAUAAUGGAAAUGAAAAAAAAGAGGAAUUCGUAAUCAGACAUAUACCAAGAAGUCUCCGGUUUAAUGAUAAUAGUCUAGGACUAGAAGAUAAUGAAAGGCCAGAAAAUGAUAUGGAAUUAGCAAUUUAUCGGUACAAAGGUAAAUUGAUUUUAUGACGUGGCUUUUUAUCGUUGUCAAUAACUUAACUUUAAUAUUUAUAGGUCGUGAACUUAAAGAUACUGUGGUUGUUGCUUAUCUUUUGGAGUAUUAUUCUAGUCAUGCAACAGAUUAUGCUGGUUGGAUGAGUACUGUAUCUAAGGCAUUACCUUUAUUAUUUAAAUAUAAUUACG